AUGAAUCCAUCCACUUCGUCUACCACUGCAUCAAGCAGUAAAAGUCCAGUUUAUCGCAUACCACCUUAUCAUUAUAUUCAUGUUUUGGAUCAAAAUACAAAUGUAACACGACUUGAAAUUGGUCCUAAAACAUUCAUUAAACAAGAUAAUGAAACAGUCACUAUCGGACCAGAAAAGAUGAUCACAGUACCACCACGUCAUUAUUGUGUUGUUGAAUCACCUGUAGUACGUAAUGAAGCUGGUGAAGUUGUAUUUGAUAAAAAUGGUCAAGCUAAACUUAUUCAUGCUGAUUUGGAUAUUCGUCUUGCACAACCUGAUCAAGCACCAUUUCCACUUUAUCCAGGAGAAGUUCUUCGUCAGCCAGUAACACCUUUAAAAGUUGUUCCGGCUAAUUCAGCAUUACGGCUCAAAGCUGUACUUGAUUUUGAUGAUGAAACUGCUAAAGAACAACGCAAAGCUGGUGAUGAAUGGUUAUUUGAAGGACCAGCCACUUACAUUCCACGAAAAGAAGUCAGUGUUGAAGAACAAAUUCGUGCAACUGUUAUCGGUUCUAAUCAAGCCAUUCGACUUUGUGCCAAAAAAGAAAUUACAGAUCGUACUGGCCAACGUCGUGUCACUGGUGAAGAAUGGUUAGUUAAGAAAACUGGUGCUUAUUUACCACUUGCCUAUGAAACUGUUGUUUCUGUAGAAAAUGCCUAUGUUUUAACCGAUAAAAAAGCCCUUCAUCUUCGUGCACUUAAAACUUUUACUGAUGAUUUCGGUAAAGAACGUUUGAAUGGUGAAGAAUGGCUUGUAACACAUGUAGAUACUGAAACACAUACUCUUAAUGUUUAUGAACAAUUAGUUGCUGUUGUUGAUGUAAUCACACUUACUUCACGUCAAUAUUGUGUUAUUCUUGAUCCAGUUGCUGAUGGAAAACCUCAAUUAGGAAAAAAGAAACUUGUUGUUGGUGAAAAAUCUUUCUUUCUUCAACCUGGUGAAAAACUUGAGAAUGGUAUUCAAGAUGUUUAUAUAUUAGGUGAAGAUGAAGGUGUUAUUAUUAAAUGUAUUGAAACAUUUAAUGAUGAACAAGCUGGUGCUACACGAAAUCCUGGCGAUCGAUGGAUGAUUCGCGGUCCAACUGAAUAUAUUCCUCCAACACAAGUUGAAGUUGUUACACGUCAAAAAGCCCUUCCAUUAGACGAAAAUGAAGGUAUCUAUGUUCGUGAUAUAAAAACAGGUCGGGUACGAGCUGUUAUUGGUGAAACUUAUAUGUUAACACAUAAUGAAGAACUUUGGCAAAAAGAAUUACCUAAACAAGUUGAAGAUUUACUUACACGUGAUCCAUUAGCUGAACGAAAUGUUCCAAACCGUAAUCAAGGAGCUGAUAAAUCUCAACAAUCCACUACUACAUCAGGUGGAAGCUCCAAAUCAAGUACAACUAAACGUGAUAAAUCAAAAUUAAUAACUUAUCGUGUACCACAUAAUGCAUGUGUACAAAUUUAUGAUUAUAAAGCUAAAAAAGCUCGAAUUGUUUUUGGUCCUGAACUUGUUAUGCUUGGCCCUGAUGAACAAUUUACAUUACUUUCAUUAAGUGGUACUAUACCAAAAAAACCAAAUCAAAUUCAUACACUUUGUUUACUUCUUGGUCCUGAUUUCUUUACUGAUGUUAUUGUUAUUGAAACAGCUGAUCAUGCUCGUCUUUCACUUCAACUUUCAUAUAAUUGGCAUUUUGCUGUUAGCGAUAUGACCGAUGAAAAGGAAGCUUCAAAACUUUUUUCAGUACCAGAUUUUGUUGGUGAUGCAGCUAAAGCUAUUGCAUCACGUAUUCGUGGUGCUGUUGCUGGAACACAAUUUGAUGAUUUUCAUAAAAAUUCAGCUCAUAUUAUUCGUUCAUCAGUAUUUGGUCUUGAUGAAAAUAAACAAGUACGAAGUCAAUUUGUUUUCCCACAAAAUAAUCUCGUUAUUACAUCAAUUGAUAUACAAAGUGUUGAACCAGUUGAUCAACGUACACGUGAUGCACUUCAAAAGAGUGUUCAAUUAGCUAUUGAAAUUACAACAAAUUCACAAGAAGCUGCUGCUAAACAUGAAGCUUCUCGACGUGAACAAGAAGCUAAAGGUUUAUUAGAACGUCAACGUAUUAAAGAUGAAGCUGAAGCUGAAGAUGUUCGAAAAUCACUUCUUGAAUUACAAGCUCUAUCAGCUGCUGUUGAAUCAACAGGUCAAGCUAAAGCUGAAGCACAAAGUCGUGCUGAAUCACAUCGAAUUGAAGGCGAAGCAGCUGUUGAACAAGCUCGUCUCAAGGCUGAAGCUACACGAAUUGAAGCUGAAGCUGAAUUAUCACGUUUGAAAUUAGCACGUGAAGCUGAAAUCAAAUUCGUACGUGAACAAAAUGAAUUAGAAAUUAGUAAAAAAGGUGAAAUGUCAAGAAUUGAAACAGAUAAAUUUAAAUUCCAAGUUGAAGCAAUUGGCCCAGCAACAAUUCAAGCAAUUGCUACAUCUGGUCCAGAUACACAAGUCAAACUUUUACAAGCACUUGGUAUUCAAUCAAUGCUUGUCACUGAUGGUAAUUCACCCAUCAAUCUUAUGGGUUUUGGACAAGGUCUUCUAGGUGGUUUAAAUGGAAAUACACAUAGAAAUCCACGAGCAUCAACUUCUUCAAACCGUUAUCAUGUAGAAGAAAAUUAA